GCGGAGGCGGGGGCGUACGAGGAGAUGCUGCGGGUGGUGGAGGCGUGCGCCGCCCGCAUCCGGUGGCGCCUCCGGCCCCAGUCCAAGCGCCGCCUCCUCAACGAUAUCAUGUUCCUCUGCACCGGGUUGCGGCCUGUGAUACUCAUGGACUACGGUGGCACGAUGCCUCAGGUACAGGAUAAUCUCUGCAGCCUGCUGCACCACGCUCGGCAGGAAGCAAGCAUCUUGAAUCCACUAAGGGUGAUGGUUAUCAACGAUAUGCUCUAUGUGAUUCACAUACAAGGACUUGCUGAACAUGUGUCACCAAAUGCAAGGUCACAGCACCAGCUAGCUUUUGUGGACCUAGAGAAAAGCUGUUGCCAACUGCUUGCCAACACAGAAAAGAAUGAAACCAUGAUGGAGCUUUUAUCUAUCCAAGAUCGUUUUUCAGCUACAUUCCCUAUUGAAGCAGUUGUAGAACCUGGAACAACAAAGCAGGAGCCAAGACUCCCAGAGAGAGCCAAUGAUGUGGAGUGCACUGGCAGCAUUGCGGACACGACCUCACUGGUUGUUGUUCUGAGUGCCUUCCUAGAGAGUACCCAAAUUGCACUGCCUUCUUUGAAUGGGUGGCUUCUGGGUUAUCCUGUAACGUAUUUGUUUCGCAAUGGAAGUGCUGAGGCAGCCACACGGAAUCUCUCCAAGCACUCUCUUCAUAUCUAUAGGAUAUAUGUUGUCAGAAAUCUCCAUUCAGAUGCUAAACAAUCAGAAGUGGAACUGUUGAGUUUUUCAGUUCCUUGUGACUUGAGUGCGAAACGGGAGGAAGAACCAUGGGCAAAAUCAUUUCUAGCUCACAUGAACAAGAAGGUCGAGCGGUGCAGCCAUGUCUGGACAUCAGUGCGAAUUGAGAUGGAGGUUUUCCAAAGCCAGUCGGGGGUCAUCGUGCUGUAGUUUUUCAUAACAUCAGGCCUUUUACAACUAAGCCAGCUGGCAUUCAAUGUCAAAUGGUAUCUGUAUUCAUCGGUGAACUCGAUUCUCUCCAUGACAUCUUAUAAUGAUCUCGAAUGGUAAUGUUUGCUUUUGGGUUUCAA